AUGGUUCGGUCAUUAUCUCCAGAACAGUUGUUGGGUGUUUAUUGGGCCGGUUCUCUAGAUGCUCACUUGUUUGUCAGUAAUGUCGUCACGCACCGAACACAAGCGUAUUGGACCACUACACCAGCCGUGACCGCCUCAGACGGACCGCCUCAGACGGACCGCCUCAGACGGACCGCCUCAGACGGACCGCCUCAGACGGACCGCCCCAGACGGACCGCCUCAGACGGACCGCCUCAGACGGACCGCCUCAGACGGACCGCCUCAGACGGAGCGCCUCAGACGGAGCGCCCCAGACGGACCGCCUCAGACGGAUCGCCUCAGACGGACCGCCCCAGACGGACCGCCCCAGACGGAUCGCCUCAGAUGGAGCGCCUCAGACGGACCGCCUCAGACGGACCGCCUCAGACGGACCGCCUCAGACGGAGCGCCUCAGACGGACCGCCCCAGACGGACCGCCUCAGACGGAUCGCCUCAGAUGGAGCGCCUCAGACGGACCGCCCCAGACGGACCGCCUCAGACGGAUCGCCUCAGACGGAGCGCCCCAGACGGAUCCCCUCAGACGGACCGCCCCAGACGGACCGCCCCAGACGGACCGCCUCAGACGGAGCGCCCCAGACGGAUCGCCUCAGACGGACCGCCUCAGACGGACCGUCUCAGACGGAUCGCCUCAGACGGACCGCCUCAGACGGAGCGCCUCAGACGGAGCGCCUCAGACGGAGCGCCUCAGACGGAGCGCCCCAGACGGAGCGCCUCAGACGGACCGCCUCAGACGGACCGCCCCAGACGGACCGCCUCAGACGGAGCGCCUCAGACGGACCGCCCCAGACGGAGCGCCUCAGACGGACCGCCUCAGACGGAGCGCCUCAGACGGACCGCCUCAGACGGAGCGCCUCAGACGGACCGCCCCAGACGGAGCGCCUCAGACGGACCGCCCCAGACGGACCGCCUCAGACGGACGGCCUCAGACGGACCGCCUCAGACGGACCGCCUCAGACGGACCGCCUCAGACGGAGCGCCUCAGACGGAGCGCCUCUUAACUUAUAA